CUAUUCUUAACGUGGAUUGCAGAACGAUAGAUCUCGUUAAAAUAGGAAAUUAUUCUUCAUAUUUGAUACUUGAUAUACGAGUAGUGUUGAGUGAAUUUUAUCCACUGUUUUAAGAUCGGGACAUGUAACAUUAUCCAGACGGUGUUACAUGAGAGUUGUUUGCAGCAUAGAUUUUUUUUUCCUCCCAUCGCCUCUUCUUUGGACUCCGACCACUGUGAGAAGGGGAAGGGAAGCAUCCGUCGUCUCUUCUUGGGAUCGCACGCCGCGCUCGAGGGGGAAGAGGCGAGGUUGAUAGUGAAUAGGGAGGAGAGGAGAGGAGAAGAGGUGGUGGUGGUAGCCUGGUAGGAGGAGGAGGGGGGAGGAUGAGCGAGGAGAGGCCGGUGCCGCGGCGGGAGAGCCCGUGGGGUUUGCCGGAGGGCGACAAUCGGCAGCCCAAGGCGCACCGCUGCAACGACCGCGCCGAGGACGUCGUCCAGGCUUGCUUUGAGGGGAAUCCAUUCAAGACAGUUCCGGGUCCAUUCAAGCUCUUCUGGCAGUGCAUGCGGUCGAAUCCUGGGGAGGAACCAACCGAACCGUAUACUUACCUGCAGCUGGAUCCUCCAAAUAGGGCUGAAGUCAAGCUGGAGUAAACAGCAUCUGAAUCUUCAACAAGCGCGCCUAGUUUAUUUCUCUUCACUUUUGAAGCGGUUCUUAUCUCCAAGGGAUCAUAUGAGCACAAUGCUGCCUUAUGUUUGGGUGUUUAUAAAAUCUAAUCUGCAAAUCUGCCUUUCCAGGCUAUUAACUCCUUGAAAUCGCUGUUGCAAUAAACCUUAUCUGCAAAUCUGCCUUUCCAGGCGGUGAACUCCUUGAAAUCGCUGUUGCUGAUGUUUGAAUUGCGCCCCUUUUCAGAUACUGAAACGUGAUAUGCAGUACUUCCAAGUCCAGUCGUUGUGGGCCUUCAGAGUUUAGGCCUCGCUCAGUCCUCAUGGUCUGUUGCUUGACCCCACAGAAUAGCCUCUGUAGCAGAGUUGUCUAUCUGUUUGUUCAUACUGGUAUAUGUUUACAGUUGCGUAUAAAUAAUGCUUGAUUCCUACA